AUGGCGGUCGCCGCCUCCAUGCUCACCACUAUGUCACUCUCCUUCUCCCCGCUCCUAGCCCCACGCCUCCGCGCCGCCGCCUCCUUCGUUCCAUCGCGCCGCUCAGUGGUCGUCUCAUCCAAGUCCCCGGCCAUGGCGGAGGCGGCCCCGAAAAAGAAGAGGGCGACUGGUAUCACCCAGCCGAAGCCCGUGUCGCCGGCGCUGCAGGCAAUCGUGGGUGAACCGGUUAUCCCCCGCACCGAGGCCCUCAAGUGCCUCUAG